CGUGAGCCUCGGUGAGGCUGUGUUGAUCGAAAGGUAACUACGAUGUUUGCGAAAGGAGGGUUUGGACCUCUGGUCCAAACCCUCGCAGACCCUGGAAGUGGUUUAUUAAACAAUAACUUUUUAGUGAAAAAAUGGUUAAUCAAAGGAAGACUCUUCUUGGAAAAUAUUUUGAAGCGGAAAGUCAAAGGGUUCGAACACGGGGGAAAGAUCUUACAAAAAUCCAUCGAAAUCAACAAAAAUGCCUUCGUACCUGUAGCAAAACAACCAUCGGCGAUCAGAAGAUUUGCGAGUCGGUAUGCUGUUGCAACUGUCGCACGUGAACUCCGAAAUCGUGCAGCAAUAGACUUUUCAAGGAAUCGCCGACCCAUCUUUUCCUUUGUGGCUGCUAUGCUGUCAACUGCUGCUGCCCAAGAAGAUGACGAAGUAACAAACUCUAUUAGAAACAUAUUCUCCAUGAAAAUAAAUCCACCUUCCCAAGAAGAGAAUAAUUUUUCUACUGCAGCAUUCAAAGAUUUCCAAAUAGGACAGUUGAUUGGGCAAGGCUGCAAUUCUGCCGUGUAUGAAGCAAGAUUUCAGAAUGAUUUCAAUGAACAGAUAAGAAGCUACGUACCAAAUGAGGAGUCGUCCUUUUCAACAGAUGAGUUAACAGAUUCAGAAUCAAGUUUUGAAGUCAUAGAUGAGUCUGAUGAUGACAUUGAAAUUAUACCUGGAAGUCCUGAUUUUUGUUCGGAGGGAAACAAUCCAGAUAUUUCUACUACUACUACUGUUGAAGAACCCUAUGAGACACCACUUCCGAAAGAGUUAAAAUAUGAUCUGGCUAUCAAAAUGAUGUUCAAUUAUGAUUUUGAAUCCAAUGCUGAUGUAAUAUUUAGGGGCAUGAUGAAGGAAAUAACCCCUGCAAGGUCUACUCCACAACUGGAGGAAGAAUCUAUUUGGCUGACCAGAAAUCAAGUGAAACUUAAAAGUCUUCCUCCUCACCCAAAUAUUGUGGAAAUGCAAGGCAUCUUCAUUGACGACGUUCCAAAGAUUAAGAGUGAUGAUCUUAGGUACCCUGCUGCCCUUCCAACCAGGCUUAACCCAGACAGUGGUCUUGGUAGAAACAAAACUCUUUUUUUGGUGAUGAAGAAAUAUGACAUGACUUUGAAGAGCUUUCUUUCAGAAAAUGAUGUCAACUUGAAUACUAGAUGCUCUUUGCUAGCCCAGUUGUUGGAAGGAAUUGCACACAUGACAGAAAAUGGCAUAGCACAUAGAGACUUGAAAAGUGAUAAUAUUUUGGUAGAUGUCUCCAGUGGCCAUCCACAGUUGGUGAUUAGUGACUUUGGUUGUUGUUUAGCUGAACCAGAUUAUGGACUAAUGAUUCCAUACAACACCAGUGACACCGACAAAGGAGGGAAUGCUGCAUUAAUGUCUCCCGAGAUUGCAGUAAUGGAACCUGGACGAAAUGCUUGGCUUGACUACAGAAAGUCAGAUAUUUGGACUGCUGGAACUUUAGUAUAUGAGAUAUUUGGAGAGGAAAAUCCUUUUUACAAAGGCCCUUUUAAUAGUAGUUCAUAUGAAGAAAAAAGCUUACCACCCCUUCCAAUGGCAGUACCAAAACCAAUAGCGAAAUUGACAAAGCAGUUGCUGAAGAGGGAUCCUAAUCUUAGACCAACACCUAAAGUGGCUGCAGAUAUUGUACAGAUGUGUAUUUUAUUACCAGAUUGGCUGAACCAUAAUGAAUUUCCACCACUGGAGAUGAUAAAGGAUUCAGUUGUUUGGUUGGCUGUUACUUAUUUACUGAAACAAGAUGCCAAGAAGGAUAACUCUACCAGAAGCUUUCUCCAGAGAAUUGACUGUACAUCUCUUUCGAAAUCUCUAGCUUGGUAUCAUUCUCUGUGAACCAGAUUUGCUAAAACAGAUUGUUUGCCGUUUCUUUAAUAAAAAUGUUUAUUUUA